ACUUUUAUCGAGUUUCAGUUGUGUUAAUGGAGAUACAGACAGCAGAGAGCAACGUCGUAUGUUCAAUUGAUAUUUUUGAAUCACUAUCCGAUAGUAUAGAUGUGGCCAAGAAUCUGGUUGAGAAAUCUCAAGAAAGCAACGGAGCUGAAUCAACUACUGAUCUGAGAAGCAUUGAGGCAGGUUUUGAAGGUGUUGUGAAGCAGAUGGGUGAAACUUUGCAGUCCAUACCUGAAUCAACAUUCGACGAGGAAGAAUAUAUAGGAGUUGUUAUCCAGUCUCUUUCAAAUGAGAUGCAGAAUGCCAGCAUUGGAGAUGGUAGUAAAAGUGAGAUGAUACAGAAUGGGCAGCAGAAGAUUUCUGAAAAGCAUCCACCGGAAAUUGUGUCAGAGCAAAUGGAGGAAGAUCUUUAUCCCACUGAUCCUGAAUUUUCCUAUGAAAAUAUCCCAAGCCAGAGCUCGAAUGCUAGCAGCCAGAGAAAGUAUGGAAUUCUUAGCGAAUCCUUGUCAAUGUUACCACAGGUGACACAGUUCAUGGAGCCUCCAUACCAAGCUUUCAUCUGCCCAUUGACCAAAGAGAUAAUGGAUGAUCCUGUCACCACAGAAACAGGAGUAACCUGCGAAAGACAAGCAGUAAUAGAGUGGUUUGACAGUUUUGGAAACUCCGAUGAGAUCAACUGUCCAGUUACCGGGCAAAAGUUGACUACUGAAUUAAGUGAAAAUGUUGUCUUGAAAACCAUCAUUCAGGAAUGGAAAGUACGUAACGAGGCAGCAAGAAUCAAAGUGGCUCAUGCAGCUUUAUCCUUAGGCGGUUCAGAAAGUAUGGUUAUCGACGCAUUAAGAGAUCUGCAAAUGACCUGUGAAGGGAAAGAGUACAACAAGGUACGAGUCCGUGAAGCUGGGAUCAUUCAGCUGCUUGAUAGAUACCUGACAUACAGAAGUAAAGAUGUGAGGUAUGAGCUGCUACGGUUGUUAAGGACACUGGCGGAUGAAGACACUGAUGACGGAAAGGAAAUGAUUACGAAGACAAUAACUAUGUCAUGCAUAAUCAAACUUUUGGGAAGCAGUCACCAGCCUGUAAGGCAUGCAGCACAAGCCUUACUGCUUGAGCUUUCGAAAUCCCAACAUGCGUGUGAGAAGAUUGGGACUGCUACAGGGGCGAUAUUGAUGUUAGUUACCGCAAAGUAUAACAGAGAGUUGGAUGCCUUUGCAUCUGAAACAUCAGACCAAAUCUUAAGAAAUCUAGAGAAGUGUCCUGAGAAUAUCAAGCAAAUGGCAGAGAGUGGGCUAUUGGAACCUCUUCUGGGGCAUCUAGCAGAAGGGAGUGAAGAGACUCAGGUGGCAAUGGCUGCGUACCUUGUGGAAAUUGAUAUUGGACAUGAGAAAAAAACUUACGUAGCUGAGAAGGCUUGCCCUGCGCUCAUUGGGCUGGUGCAAAGUGAAAAUACUGACGCUAGAAGAGCCGCCUUCAAAGCUCUUGCUCAUAUUUCAUUGUAUCACCCCAACAACCAGAUAUUGGUAGAAGUUGGCAUCAUCAAGAUCAUGGUCGAAGAGAUGUUCACCAAGCGAGUUUUUAGUGAUCUGAUGAACUCCAGGAACGAAGCUGCUACAAUACUUGCAAAUAUACUGGAAUCUGGGCUGGAACAUGAGACCUUUGAGGUGAAUACUCAUGGCCACACAUUAGGCUCGGAUUACUUUGUAUACAACAUCAUCCAAAUGCUCAAGAACUCAAGCCCAGACGAUCUUAACAUUGAUUUGAUCAGGAUACUCCUAUCCUUGUCCAAAUCACCCAGGGCGAUGGCAACAAUUGUCUCAGUGAUCAAAGAAACCGACGCAAGCUUCGCCAUGAUAGAACUCAUCAACAAUCCUCAUGAAGAAUUGGGGGUUGGAGCAUUAAAACUUCUGAUAGCACUUACCCCCUACAUCGGUCACACGCUAUCAGAGAGACUAUGUAAAACUAGAGGCCAGCCAGAGAAUCUUAUCCAGUGCCCAGUAGAAGCAAAUCAAAUAACAGAAAAGCAUGCUGUUUCAGCUAAGUUACUUGCUAAACUGCCUCAUCAAAAUCUGACUCUUAAUUUAGCACUGGUCAACGAGAGCAUAGUGUCAGAAAUCCUGCAUGCAAUCCAUCUGAUUCAAAGAAGUGGAACACGAACAAGCAGGUAUGCUACUGAUUUUCUGGAAGGUCUCGUUGGCAUCUUAGUGAGAUUCACAACUACAUUGUACGAGCCCCAAAUGAUGUACCUAGCCAGAAACCACGAUUUGACAUCAGUGUUUGUUGAUUUAUUGAUGAAAACAUCAAGCGACGAAGUUCAAAGGUUAUCAGCGACUGGACUAGAAAAUCUAUCAUCUACAACUAUGACUUUAUCGAGGCCACCUCAACCUAGGAGCACGAAAUUCAUGGGAUCACUGAGUAUGCCUAGGUCUUUCUCCCUCCGUUCAUCCAAAAAGAAGCAAAUAGAAACCUGUGCAAUCCACAGAGGGGUAUGUUCUGCAAAAAACACAUUUUGCUUGGUUGAAGCAAAUGCAAUCACAAAGCUUCUAGCAUGUUUGCAGAGUGAUAAAGUGGAGGUAGUGGAGUCAGCAUUAGCUGCUAUAUGCACGCUAUUAGAUGACAAGGUCGAUGUGGAAAAGAGUUUAAGCAUGCUGAGUGAAAUGAAUGCAGUACAACUAAUUCUAAAUGCAGUCAAAGAACACAAGAAAGAGUCUCUAUUGCAGAAAGCAUUUUGGAUGAUUGACAAGUUCAUUAUUAGAGGAGGAGAUAAGUAUGCCAGUGAGAUAUCACAAGAUAGGAUGCUGUCAGGUAUGUUGGUUAGUGCCUUCCAUCGUGGAGAUGGUAACACAAGGCAGAUGGCAGAAAAUAUUUUGAGGCGUUUGGACAAGAUGCCAAGUUUCUCUACUUAUAUCACAUAAAAAACUAACAUGUCAAAAAUUUUAACUGUUAUGAACUAUUGCUCUCUCUCUCUGCUCACUGUGUAUAAAGUAUUCAGUUUGAA